GGCGCGUCCUCGCUUCCCUCGACUGUUCCACGGCGUCUCCGCGGCCCGGCGUCAUCCCGUGAGUCCCCCCGCUCCCCCUGACGGGGAGGGAAGAUGGCUACACGGAGCUGGCUGGACGAGCUGGCCCAGCAGGCCGAGGACGGCUCGGCCCGGCUGCAGGAAAUGCUCUCGGUCGGCCUGGGCUUUCUGCGCACCGAGCUGGGCCUCGACCUGGGGCUGGAGCCGAAGCGCUACCCGGGCUGGGUGAUCCUGGUGGGCACGGGCGCGCUCGGGCUGCUGCUGCUCUUCCUGCUCGGCUACGGCUGGGCCGCGGCUUGCGCCGGCGCCCGCAAGAAGCGGAGGAGCCCGCCCCGCAAGCGGGAGGAGGCGGCGGCGGCCGCGCCGGCCCCGGGCGCUGACGACCAAGGCGUGCUGAAGAAUCUCAGGAGCGAGGAGCAAAGGAAGAAGAACCGGAAGAAAUUGCCGGAGAAGCCCAAGCCAAAUGGACGGACCAUUGAAGUGACUGAGGAAGAAGUUGUCCGAACUCCUCGAAGUGUAACAGCAAAGCAGCCGGUAGAGACAGACAAGAAAAACGAAAAGUCAAAGAAAAAUAAGAAGAAAUCAAAGUCAGAUGCUAAAGCAGUGCAAAACAGUUCACGCCAUGAUGGAAAGGAAGUUGAUGAAGGAGCCUGGGAAACUAAAAUUAGUCACAGAGAGAAACGACAGCAGCGUAAACGUGAUAAGGUGCAGUCUGAUUCUGGUUCAUUGGAUUCAACUAUCCCUGGGAUAGAAAAUACCAUCACAGUUACCACCGAGCAAGUUACAACUGCAUCAUUUCCUGUUGGUUCCAAGAAGAAUAAAGGUGAUUCUCAUCUAAAUGUUCAAGUUAGCAACUUUAAGUCUGGAAAAGGAGAUUCUACACUUCAGGUUUCUCCAGGAUUGAAUGAAAACCUCACUAUAAAUGGAGGAGGCUGGAAUGAAAAGUCUAUGAAACUCUCCUCACAGAUCAGUGCAGGUGAGGAGAAGUGGAACUCUGUUUCACCUGCUUCUGCAGGCAAGAGGAAAACCGAGCCAUCUGCCUGGGGUCAAGACACUGGAGACGCUAAUGCAAAUGGAAAAGACUGGGGAAGGAGUUGGAAUGACCGAUCAAUAUUUUCUGGCAUUGGGUCUACUGCUGAGCCAGUUUCUCAGUCUACCACUUCUGAUUAUCAGUGGGAUGUUAGCCGUAAUCAACCCUAUAUCGAUGAUGAAUGGUCUGGGUUAAAUGGUCUGUCUUCUGCUGAUCCCAGUUCUGAUUGGAAUGCGCCAGCAGAAGAGUGGGGGAACUGGGUAGAUGAAGAAAGAGCCUCACUUCUGAAGUCCCAGGAACCAAUUCCUGAUGAUCAAAAAGUUUCAGAUGAUGAUAAAGAAAAGGGAGAGGGAGCUCUUCCAACUGGAAAAUCUAAAAAGAAAAAAAAGAAAAAGAAGAAGCAAGGUGAAGAUAACGCUCUUGCACAGGACACAGAAGAAUUAGAAAAAGAGAUUAGAGAAGAGCUUCCAGUGAAUACCUCUAAAGGCCGUCCAAAACAGGAAAAAGCUUUUUCUUUGAAGACCAUAAGCACUAGUGAUCCAGCUGAUGCACUAAUCAAAAAUAGCCAGCCUAUCAAGACUCUUCCACCUGCUAUUUCUACCGAGCCAUCUGUUAUUUUAUCAAAAAAUGAUUCUGACAAAAGCUCUUCCCAAGUGCCACCGAUGCUACAAGAAACAGAUAAAUCCAAGUCAAAUACUAAGCAAAAUAGCGUGCCUCCUUCACAGACCAAGUCUGAAACUAGUUGGGAAUCUCCCAAACAAAUAAAAAAGAAGAAAAAAGCCAGACGGGAAACGUGAAUUUUUUUUCUUCCUGAAUUGGACAUGUGUUUGCAAACACUGUCUUGAAGAUUAUGCUGUUUAUGCAAUAAUUUGUGAACAUGUACAGAGUUUUAUAUAAAUUUAAACCAGUUUUUAAAACAAAACUGUGAACACAACCACCAUAAAAAUGGAAUCAAAGGAAAGUUAAUUUAUGAAAUUAAGAGGUCAGCAGAACAUGCUACAGUGCUGGAAGACACUUGGGGAAGGUCCCUCUAACAAGAACGAUCUUAAGAUUAUCAUCCUGGUUUUACAGCAGUGCCCUGUUUACAACAGAUUGUGCCCUAUCUCAUCUGCAGCUAAGGAAUAAAGGAUUCUGAUUAGAGAGAAGGCUGCCUGCAAACUAGUAGGCAGCUUCUUGGAUCUUAUGCACGGAACUUAAACCAUUUGAAUCUGUUUUACGCUUAAAUCAAAGUGCUUUGAUCAAAUGCAUAAUCUGCCAUAUCUUUACAUAUUUGUUGGUAGCAAUUUGUAUUAAAGAAAUCACAAGUGCAAAUAAAAAGUCAUUUAUUAUUUAACUAAACUGUUAUGGUUUAGUUUACAAUUUUUAAAAUGUUCUUAAAACAUUGAAA